AUGUCGGUCAAGAUAAAGGGUCUCAGCGACGAGAUUGCGCGACACCACUUCUCUUACGGACUCCAGCCGGGAGUUUUCGCGGAUAAGAUAAGCCGUAAGAAGCCGCAGACGAUGGAGGAGAUGAGGGAACGUGCGGCCAAAUUCAUACAGAUGGAAGACAUGCAGGAGUUUAGGGUGAAGAAGAGAGAGAAGGAGGAUGCUGCACUCCCGAAGUCGAUCGCUCCUAGACCGAGCAAACCCGUAGCCCGACCAACCGAGAGGAAGCCACCAAAGUUCACAACCUACACUCCUCUGGCUGUUCCCCGAGCCAGGAUCCUUCAGGAGGCCUUCAGUGCCGAUUCGCUCCCGACGAUUAGGAAGAAGCCUCCACCACCCGAUGCCGAUGGGAGUAAACAUUGCCAGUACCACCGGACAAUCGGGCAUACCACCGAAGAGUGCCACACGCUCCGCGACAAGAUAGAAGAGCUCAUUCGGCAGGGACACUUGAAGAGAUACAUUCGGCAAGAUCGUCCCCCGCGGAGUCCGGAGAGGAACCCGAGCCCGAUGAGAAGGGUCCCCCCAGCCCGAACGGAGAAGAAAAGAGGGCCCGAGCGCGAGAAACGAAGGAGAGGACCAUCCCGCUCACAUCGAAGUUCAAGAAGGAGCCGCAGUCGUAGCCAGGAGAGACCCCUGAGGGGUUAUAUCAACACCAUCUCCGGAGGGUUCGCCGGAGGAGGGUCAAGUUCCGCGGCUCGAAAAAGACACGUUCGGGCGCUGAGGUCGGUUCAUCUGGUCGAAAAGAAGAUCCGCUCGAUGCCUCCCAUCACAUUCACGGACGACGACUUCAAGGCGCUCGAUCCUGAUCACGAUGACCCGAUGGUCAUCUCGAUAGAGGUGGCCGAGUAUGGGAUCGGGAAGGUGUUGGUCGAUCAGGGAAGCUCCGUCAACAUUCUAUACUGGAAGACUUUCCAGAGGAUGAACCUCUCCGAGGACCUCAUCGUACCGUACAAUGAGCAGAUAGUAGGUUUCUCGGGCGAACGAGUGGAUACUAGGGGAUAUGUGGAUCUUCGUACGAGGAUCGGCUUGAGGAAGGACGACCGAGAGGUAAGGGUUAGAUUCCUUUUGGUUGAAGCUAACACCUCUUACAAUGUAUUACUAGGGAGACCAUGUUUGAACGCCUUCAGAGCGAUUGUGUCUACCUUGCACCUAGCCAUGAAGUUCCCAUCGGACAAAGGAACAAUUUGCACGGUGCACGCGGACCAGCAGGUCGCCCGGCAAUGCUAUGCCGCUGGAUUGAGGAUUACCCCACAUAGCCGCCCGCGAAAACAACACCGAUCGGAGGUAGCGAUGACAGACCUAGACCCCCGAACGAACACAGAGGAUCGGUUGCAACCAGAAGGAGAGACCAAGGAGAUCCUGAUCGGGAGCCAACCAGGACAGAUCACGAAGAUGGGGGGAGCUUUGAGCGUUGAAGACGAAGACCUCCUCAAGACGGUGAUCUUAGAGAACAAAGAUCUCUUUGCAUGGUCGAGCGCAGACAUGCCGGGCGUCCAUCCAGAUGUGAUGUCCCACAAAUUAGCCACCUUCCGGGAAGCUCGCCCGGUCGCUCAGAAGAAAAGAAAGAUGGGAGAAGAGAGGAGGAAGGCGGUCGAGGAAGAGGUGAGAAAGCUAGAAGGGGCUGGAUUCAUCAGGGAGAUUAAGUAUACCACAUGGCUGGCGAACGUGGUCAUGGUGAAGAAAACGAGCGGGAAAUGGAGGAUGUGCACGGACUUCACCGACCUCAACAAAGCCUGUCCGAAGGACGCAUACCCGUUGCCCAGUAUCGACCGGCUGGUGGAUGGAGCCUCUGGACACAAUUACUUGAGCUUCCUGGAUGCAUACUCUGGGUACAACCAGAUUCCCAUGUAUGGCCCAGAUAGAUCCAAAACGGCGUUCAUAACAGAUCGAGCAAACUUCUGCUACGAGGUCAUGCCGUUCGGUCUGAAGAACGCGGGGGCUACCUAUCAGAGGUUGAUGGAUCGGGUCUUCCGCAGGCAGAUCGGUCGGUCCAUGGAGGUGUAUGUGGACGACAUGGUCGUGAAGUCGCAGACUGUCGAAGAUCAUGUACGCGACCUUGGCGAGGUCUUCCACCAGGUGCGCAAGUAUAACAUGCGUCUCAACCCAGAGAAGUGUGUCUUUGGGGUGCCAGCGGGGAAAUUUCUGGGCUUCAUGCUGACCGCCCGAGGCAUAGAGGCGAAUCCAGACAAGUGCGCUGCUAUCGUUGAAAUGAGAAGUCCGAAAAACUUGAAGGAGGUUCAGCGGUUGAUGGGGCGGCUAACUUCUCUGGCACGUUUUCUACCUAGACUGACAGAGAAGGUUAGGCCGAUCCUGAAGAUCAUGAAGAAGCAGACUACGGAGAAGUGGGAUGAUCAGUGCGAGGCGGCGUUUCAGCAGAUAAAGGAGAUGAUCAGCAGUCCACCGAUAAUGAGCCGACCGGUAGAAGGACUGCCUCUGCAGUUAUACCUGUCGGUAUCAGACGACACGAUCAGUGCGGCCCUAAUACAAGAAGUCCCGAAACAGAGACCUGUUUAUUUCAUCAGCCGAGUUCUGCAGAGUGCAGAAACGAGGUAUCAGCUGAUAGAGAAGAUAGCCUUGGCACUAUUAACGGCCGCACAUCGGUUGCGACAGUACUUCCAGAGUCACCAGGUGAUCGUCCGAACCGAUCAUCCCAUAGCCAAGAUACUCCGUAAGCCCGACUUAGCUGGUAGAAUGAUCGCCUGGUCGGUUGAGUUAUCCGAAUUCGGUCUCAAGUACGAACCUAGAGGAUCUGUCAAAGGACAGCAUUUGGCCGACUUCGCAGCCGAACUCCACGGACUGAUCCCUUCGUCCGAGCAAACGUGGAUUCUCUUCGUCGACGGAUCGUCGGACAAACGAAAUGCUGGAGCAGGAAUCGUCGUUGAAGGACCGAACGGCUUCACGGUCGAGCACUCCUUGCAGUUCAAGUUUAAAGCCUCAAAUAACCAGGCAGAGUAUGAAGCGUUGAUCGCCGCGUUAAGACUAGCAAAAGACUUGGGCGCGACGAAGUUGAAGUGUAACACUGAUUCGAAGCUCGUGGUCGGGCAGGUACAGGGUGAAUAUCAGGUUAAGGAUGAUUUGCUACUUCAGUACUAUCACAAGGCUGUUGAAGCCAUGAAAGAAUUCGAAGAGGUUACCAUCCAUCACAUCCCCCGAGCGGAGAACGCCAGAGCCGAUAGGUUAUCUAAGCUGGCAGACAGAAAGGAGAAGGGCCAAUUGAAGACAAUCAUCAGGCAAACCCUGAUGAAACCUUCAGCGGGAGAAUGUGCGGCGGCGGAUCGGUCAGCCGAUUGGACUGGCGAGGUGCGAGAACUCUUAAAGCGAUGCGAGGUCGGAGAAGAGAUCAGACCAACGGAGAGAAGGCGAGCACUCCGGUUUGUCAUUAUCAGAGAAGAUCUAUACAAGAGAGGUUUCACGGCGCCGCUCCUCAAGUGCCUAUCGGCAGACGAAGCGGGGUAUGUCAUGAACGAAAUCCAUAACGGCAUCUGUGGAAUGCACACCGGUCGAAGGACGAUGAAAGCAAGGAUACUCCGAGCGGGAUAUUUUUGGCCGACCAUGGAACAGGACUGCGAAGCCAUGAUACGCAAGUGCGAAGGAUGUCAAGCCCAUGGAAAUGAUAUGAAGAGGGCCCCGACCGAGUUACAUAGCUUAACAGCUCCAUGGCCGUUCGCUCAAUGGGGAAUGGACAUCGUCGGACCCUUCCCAGUCGGCCGAGCGCAGAAGAAAUUCAUACUUGUGGCAGUGGACUAUUUCACGAAGUGGGUAGAAGCAGAGGCAUUAGCUAACAUAACCGCCCGGCAGGUCCACUCCUUCGUCUGGCGCAACAUCAUAUGCCGUUUCGGCCUCCCUCACACGAUAAUCACCGACAACGGCCGUCAGUUCAUCGACAAAAAAUUGAGGGACUUCUAUAGGCAAGUAGGAAUAAGACACGUUACCAGCUCGGUCGAGCAUCCCCAAACCAAUGGCCAGGCUGAGGCCAUGAAUAAAGUUAUAGUGGCUGAGUUGAAGAAAAGGUUGGGAAAGGCCAAAGGAGCAUGGGUUGACGAGCUGCCACAAGUCCUUUGGGCCUAUCGAUGCACGCCGCACGGGACAACCGGGGAAUCUCCCUUCAACCUGACGUAUGGAACAGACGCCAUGUUGCCAGUCGAAGUGGGAGAGCCGACUCUUCGGCGGUAG